UGAAAGUUUCUGCCGAGUUUAACUUAUGCAUUUGAUUUCAUCUACUUUUAUACCAAAUUACCAAUCUCCUGUGGAAGAUUGGGAGAGUUGGAGGUCUCUUAUGUCCAGAGGUGUCUUAUAUAUCUAUGUCACUGGCCAUUUUUGACUCCGUGUCAAGUGAGUCAAGUCGGACUUCGGAGAGACGUCGGCCAUACAAAGGAACAAGGGAAGAAAAUCGAAGAACGUCGUCUGCAACUGUCAGACUGUCACCACUGUCACCAGUGUCACCUCUGGUCACCUCUGGUCACCUCUGCUUGAGGUGGCUCGAGGUGUGAGGUUGUUCUGCGAAAAAGAUGUGCAUGCGCGUGAAAAUGUACGUUCGAUAAUGAAAGAUUACAGCGUAAAUAUCACGACUCGUCUGAGAGACUCACUUCCUUUGACUGAUAUGUUUAUAUCAGUGGCGGUCUGUCACACAUAUAUAGGUUAGAAGCAUGAAGAACUUGAUGAGUAUUUUGAAGAUACUUUUCCUGAAUCACGCGCGUGGACUGUCCUACACCGCGACGAUGACGCUCCUGCUGUGCUAUUGUCUUCAUCCGGCACGAUUCGCUUCUCACUACCCCUUCAUUAAAACGGAAAACAUCUACGGCGAAAUGGAGAGAUCGUACCCACCGAGGGACAACUCCUGCGUGAUCUCUGUCAGCGGUAGACGGUCCUCCCAACUAUUCUAUCCGGAGGAGUAUCCCAGGGAGGACCCAGUGGUGAUGGCACGUCGGCUCGGUAUCUUACCAGGCGGCCAGUGGAAGCCACUUAAUUGCCAUCCCCUCUUCAACGUGGCUAUUAUACUGCCCUAUCGCCACCGGCAGAGUCAGCUUGCCAUUUUUAUGAAUUACAUACAUCCCUUCCUGCAGUCACAGAAUCUAGACUAUCGGAUAUUUGUAAUCGAGCAGAGCCCGAUGCGCGAGUUCAAUCGCGCUAAGCUUUUCAACGUUGGUUACGCCGAGGCCACCAAGAUCAAUGAUUUCCACUGUUUUAUUUUCCAAGAUAUUGACUUGAUACCGCAGAAUCCCAACAAUAUCUACGCAUGCACCAAAAUGCCCAGGCAUAUGAGCUCCAGUGUAAAUACUUUUCGAUACAAUCUACCUUAUACUGGCUUGUUUGGAGGCGCGAUAGCGUUGACGAGGAAGCAAUUUGAAAGAGUAAAUGGAUUUUCCAAUGUGUUCUACGGUUGGGGCGGAGAAGAUGAUGAUUUCUACAGUCGUUUACAAUCUAGGGGUUUUCAGAUCACACGCUUUGGACCUGAUGUAGCGCAGUAUUAUAUGUUGACACAUAAGAAGGAACCUCCCAGUACUACGAGAUUCGCAAAUUUGGAAAGCGGCGCUCGAAGAUAUGAUACUGAUGGACUGAGCAACCUAGAAUACAGAGUAUUAAAUCAUCAGUUGCGACCAUUAUAUUCUUGGAUUUUAGCUGACGUGUAAUUUACAAGUAUUUUUUAUCUAAUAUUACCAUAUAUAUUUAUAUCUUUUUUAAAAAAUUAAUGCUGACCAUAUACAAGUUAU